AUGGAAUGGGAUUGAUACCGUGGCGAUAUUACCAACCGGCUUCGGCAAGAGUAUUAUAUAUCAACUUCUGCCGUAUUUAAUUCAGAAGAAAACAGGUGCAGCUGAACCUAUGAUAGCAAUAGUGGUUGCACCACUUAAUUCCAUCAUGGAAGACCAGAUACAAAGCUUAAGAUCCAAAAACCUGAAAGGCUGUUAUCUGUCUUAUGAUGCCAAAGAGAUAGUGACCUUUGGUGAUAAUGAGGAUGACAUUGAGGAACACAGUUCAGACAAAGAAACUGAAGAAUCUCCCACUACAUCUGUCCUCGGAAAGAUGUUUGAUCUGACAGAGCUGAAGAGUGGACGCUACAAUAUAAUCUAUAGCCACCCAGAAGCACUACACACAAAGAAGAUUCAGAAGAUCUUUCAUUCACCUGUGUACCAACAGAGAGUGUGUGCAGUUGCUAUUGAUGAGGUUCAUAUGAUUUCAGAAUGGGGAAGUGAAUUUCGACCAGCAUUCCGAAAAUUAGGUGAACUUACGGUGAUAUUCCCUAAUGCUUGCCACUUGGCAUUGACAGCCACAUGUACUGAACAAAGAAAGAAUGAAUUGACAGACACUUUGCAAUAUAGGAAAUACACCUGUGUGUCUAUUAAUCCGGACAGACCCAAUAUUUAUUUAAGUAAAAGAUCAAGAUUACCAAAUAUAAAAAAAAUUGAUAAGUUGGACUCAUUGAUUGAGCCAGUGGCAGUGGAGUUAACUGAUAAAUUGAGUGACUUCCCAGUAACUAUCAUGUAUGUAGAAAAUUUGGAGGCUUUAGGUUAUUUUUACCAGUACCUUAAUUCUUAUUUAGGUAAAAGACAAUAUACUGGUGAGGAAAUUCCUGAGAAUAGAAUAUUUGCUCAGUAUCAUAAGGAUUAUACAAAAGCAAUGAAAUCCUUUAUUGUGAGUGACUUGUGCAAGAAGAAACCAACAAUUCGCCUUGUGCUUGCGACAGUUGCUUUAGGAAUGGGACUAGAUGCCCCAAGUAUAUCAAGGGUAAUUCACUGUAGACCACCUACCAGUUUGGAGGCCUACAUGCAGGAAAUAGGUCGAGCCGGAAGAAGAGGUCAAUCUUCUGAAGCUAUCUUGUAUUACAAUAAUAAUGACAUAUCAAAGGCUAGGAAGGGUAUAUCAGAUUCAAUAAUACAGUACUGCCAAGAUGACGUUAAUUGUCUAAGAUUGCUGCUGGUCAAACACUUUGGUUUCAGUGAAACACAAUACUCAGGAAACCCUAAUGGAUGUUGCUCAAAUUGUAAAAAUGCACACUUGAACAAGUGAGAUUAUAGUCUAGGACUCAUUGGAGUGAAGUGUGAAGAGUGAAAGAAACAUCUGAUAAAGACAAAACAAGUCUUAAAAAUGUGUGUUCAUUUACAUCUAAUAAAGACAAAACAAGUCUUUAAAAUGUGUGUUCAUUUACAUCUGAUAAAGACAAAACAAGUCUUAAAAAUGUGUGUCCAUUUACAUCUGAUAAAGACAAAACAAGUCUUAAAAAUGUGUGUCCAUUUACAUCUGACAAAGACAAAACAAGUCUAUAAAAUGUGUGUUCAUUUACAUCUGAUAAAGACAAAACAAGUCUUAAAAAUGUGUGUUCAUUUACACCUGAUAAAGACAAAACAAGUCUUAAAAAUGUGUGUUCAUUUAAAGUGCUGUGCCUCCGAACACAAGUGACACUCGGAUUUUUAAACUUUAAAUGGGAGAAGCUGAUAUACUAGUAAGCCGAACCUAGCUACAAUGAGUCGGGUGGCGCCCGAUGAUACCCCUGCCACAGAGCAGCUAAUAUGAGUUAUAACUCGGGGGACUAGGUGCCUGAGCUACUUUCAGCGAUACAAGUCUAUAACAUGUGUGUUCAUUUACAUCUGAUAAAGCCUAUUUCCAUCAACUGACUAAAUAGACAGUUCUAAAUAGUAUUAAUUAAUAAUGUAUACUUCGAGAGCUAGACUUACAUAUUUAAGACUAUUACAUUUUGAAUUCUCAUUACCAUUUAGCCUAAAAUAUGUCAAUAACAAUGCCAAGUGUUACCGAUUUGCAAUACAUGCAUAAUUAUUACCAACAACAAUUCAACAAAUUUAUACUUAAAUUCCAGUAACAAUGGAAUUAUAAAUGGAUGCAUAAUUACAAUUCUAUUAA